GAGAAUGGUGAGGGGUUCCACCACUGUACAGACUGCAUAAAGUAGCUAGUUAUAGGCUAUAUAUUGCAUAUCUAGGUUAUCUACCUACAUUAUAUUUCCGGCUGUUCUUCACAAAAUAAGAACACUGGUUAAAAAAAGACUACUAAUUUAGUUAGCGAGCUAACGUUAAAUGUUGGUAAGAUGGAUAUAGCCAGGUGAAGUAGCGCUAGCUAGGUUUAAAUGCAAUGAAAUCCUUAGCUAGCUACUUAGUUAGCGUAGCUUAGGUGUUUGUCACCCGUUCUUGAUGGUGAUGCAGAGCUAGCCUGCUUUACCGACACAGCACAUAAUCGCAGAUCUACGACAGUACCACUGGUACCAAUGGACUCUCUCAACACCCUUUCCAACUUCGAGUCAGAGAUGGAGUCCGACGGUCAAGGCAGUUAUUCACUUUUCCCAGCAUUGGACAACAUGACUGGCCUGUCUGGGACGUCUGAAACUCUUGAAACUGAGCCACCCGGAGAAGUCUCAGAUAAACCAAACCUUACGUGGCUUGAUGCUGCCCAGAUUGUUCUGGAAGAAGCAGGGAGACCUAUGCACAUCAAAGAGAUCAAGCAGAGGAUCAUUGAUCGGGGACUGGUGCAGUCAAAUGCAAAGUCAAGUCUCGAAGCUGUGAUGUACCGUGAGACACAGAAAGGAAGCAGGCGCUUCAAGAGGAUUGAGAACAGAAACGGCGUCUUUGCCCUCUUGACAGAUGAGGAAAGGCAGCAGGCUUUGCAGGCUUUCUCCACGCAGACGGCCUUUUCCAGCUCGGCUCUCCCGUCCGCGCCUUCCCCUCAUGGACACCCAGAACCUAGAUCGAAGGCCAGGAAGACCCUGCGCAGGAACCAGAAUGAGAAGUACAGGUUCAAGUACCUCCGUCUUCGCAGAGCUGCUCGUGCCAUGGUGUUUGAAAACGCAGCUCUGUGUGAUGAAGUUGCCCACUUGGAGGAGAAGUUUGUGCGUGCAAAGGAGGAGAGGAGGUUCCUACUGAAGACUCUCUUGCAGUUCCAGUCUCUGACAGAGGGGGAGCUGCUCUCAACCCCCAGCAACACUUCCCACACUCCUGCCACUUUCAGUUCCAGUACUGCAGGGGGCACUGUUGCGCCGGCCAGCCAAAGCCAGGCACCUGUCCCCUCAGGGCCCGACGACGGCUUCCAGAAGAAACCCAAGAAAGAACGAAAAGAACGAGGGCGGGAAAACGGAAGAGAAGAAAGUGUGACAAAGAAAAUGUCUAAGAAGAGGAAAGUGGCCGAGGGCGGGGUACGUAAGCUGGUGCGGCCCAUCCCACUGGACUCCACUGGUAGACCCGUGUUCCCCAUCGUAUUGGGUGGUCUCACUCUCUACAGCCUGGGGGAGAUAAUCACAGACAGGGCCCUCUUCCAUGAUGAAAGCGCUAUCUACCCAGUGGGUUUUUGCAGCACACGAGUGUUUGCCAGCACCAGGAACCCCGAGCAGCAGUGCCUGUACACCUGUCAAAUCAAGGAUGGUGGCCAGGGACCACAGUUCGAGAUAGUCCCGGAAGAGGACCCCCAGAACACUAUCGUGGCUGCCUCCGCACUCAGCUGCCAUGCUGAGCUGCUGAAGGCCAUCGCAGCUACGAGAGGGAAGCCCUUGACCAACGUCAGCCCCUCUGGCGCUGACUUCUUUGGUUUCUCUCACCCAACCGUUCAGAACCUGAUCCAGAGCUGUCCUGGAGCGCGCAAAUGCAGGAACUAUCACUGGGUGCGGUUUGAAGUGUGUCGGCCAGGCGACGGACAGGUCCCUCAGACGCUGUCGGAAGAUGACGCAUCCGUGAAUUUCGAUGCUUUCCAGCAUCUGCUGGCCUGUGAUGAGGGCCUGGCCAAUCAGAGCCUUACUCUGGACCAGAGUAGUACAGGAAAUGGACACCACAUCUCAUGUCUUUCCACAGUGCGGCCCCUACAAACCGGCAUUUCAUCCCAUCAGCACCUGUUGAGUGCUGCGUCUCUGGAGGAGGCUACAGCCAGCUCCAUCUCCAGCUCCUGAGGGCACUUGUGCCUGCCCCCCCCUGUCUGUACACUGGCUGGACACACACACACACACAGACGCAAGCCAUUUCACCUAACGUGAACCUAAAACCUAAACGUCCUGGUCAUGUUCAGUCCAGUUGAAGUUCUUAUGAAGUUUGAAUUCAGUAAUUUGACAUAAGUUGUCAUUGCAAAAUCCUCUUUUUUAAUCUAAUGAUUUAAUAAUUCUCUUGUGUAGCUGUGUUCUUUUAAGACUUUCUAACAUCAUAAUGUUUUGAUUGGUUGUUAGUUGCUUUUCAUCCUGUGGGAUUGUAAUUGUGUGCAUGUGUACUGCUGUGUGUAACUGGAGAUACCAGAAAGGUGGGCAAUUGUACUCCCUAAAGCUUUUCAGUUCUUUUAGAUUAAUUUCAUCUCGUCUGGCCUGUUCUGAGAAGCUGAAGCUCAUCUGUGCUCAGUGCACUUUCUGCUCUGCUUUGGUCAAACUGCUCUGUGCUCCAGGCCUACAAUGAACUCUCAUUCAGUAUUGCUGAUUGCAAAUGAUCCCAGUUAUAUGUGCAGUGAAAACAGAACUCUUAAGUGUGCAUUUUUUUCCCCUAUCAGCAAAUAUAUGGAUGCCUGUGUCCCAGUAACAUAAUUUAUUUAUUUUCUUUCCUUCCUUCCUUCCGUUUUUUCCUUGUCUCCAUUUUUUCCAUCAUAUUUUCCAUAUUUAGCACUGGAAUAGUUUAACAGAAGUACCACUAAUAGCCACAAGAUGUCACAAUCCGAAUUUAAAAAACGGAUGGCUAGUGCUGGUCUUACGAAUGGGUCUUGUUUCAUACUAGCAAAAUCUGUAAUAAUUAGUUAUACUAGCUAAACCUAUAGGAUGAAAUGAAACAAAAUCUUAGUCUGCUACAGUGUAUGUGACGGGCUCAAAUCCUUCCUUUACUCAAUCAAGAAUGGCUUUUGUCUAUGCUACACCAUACAUAUAGCUAUGAAUAGGUCUGCAUUCGGCGCCCUGUCUUCUUGAAGUUCAAAGAUCAUUAUGUAAACAGCUUUCCUGAUCUUGCCCAAUUCUUUGGAUUCUCACUAGGACAAAAGCUGCUCUCUCUCCAUGUUUUUGACAAAGAUGCCUUGUGUAUAAACUUGGUUCAAAGUAGGACACCAGCAAAGUGUUGGUUACAGUUAUCAUAGCAGCUGUGAAAGUAGCAGGGACGAUGUUCUAACCUGUGCUUGUUGUAACACUCUGUCAGGGCCAGCACAGCAAUAAGUUAAAUACACGGUGCAGUACUUUC